AUGCAAACUCUCGCCCCCCCUCGCGCGGAUUCUCCCAACAAUCACACACACUCCCACCAGUACAAGCCACCACAGCACUCCACAGACCCGUUCGCUCAAGGAUCACAAAACAAUACCACGCACGCAAUGUACAACAGCAUGAACAGCAUCGGCCUCCCCAGCUCCGACUACUCCCUAUCCCCUGCUGAGCCUGAUGCUCUUAAUUUCUCUACCAAGGUCAACGGGAGCUUUGCUUCUGCUCCGUUCCGGACGUCGACCGCCUUCACACAAGCAUUUGCCAACCGCCAGCGACACACAGCCCCCUUCCGCGAUACCUCCUCCAACUUUGCUUCCUCUGCCUACCCUCCGACCAACGAACUGUUCGGAGGUGUCCAAAAUUCGAUGUCCCACAUGACGCCGUCCCAAUCUCAACUCCUCCCUCACGGUCUCGAGACGUUGCACCAUCCUCCAAGAGGUUUUGACCCCUCCGCCGGUUCGCAGGUCAACGGAGGAGUACCCAUCAACGGCAUCUCCCAGAGCAAGCAGCUUUCGUUCGGCUCAGAGAUAUUCCGACAGGGAUACGACUCUACACCCACCUUACUGCAGCAGAAGCCAUCGGGCGGCGUUACCGGCGGACAGGGUCUGUUACAGAACGGGCAGGCCAUCCAGCUUCCUCACCAAUCGAACGGACAAGCGGCCUUCCAUGGCUCUUUCACCAACGGGCUGGGGAACCACUCCUUAGGUCAUGGACCGCUCGCUCAGCCGCAGUACGGUGCAGGACCCCCGGGUGGCGUUCAAGGGAAUGGGACGACGAGCGCCCCGAACCCGAAUCCGACGAACGGUCCCGUCCCCAACUCUCAGGCACAGGAGGAGAUCUCCACCAUUUUCGUCGUGGGCUUCCCAGACGACAUGUCGGAGCGCGAGUUCCAGAACAUGUUCACGUUCUCCUCGGGAUUCGAAGCGGCCACACUCAAGAUUCCUAACAAGGAGUCUACGUCGUACGCGAACAGCGCCGGUCAGAAUGGGCGCGCUCCCGGACUCUCCAUGCCAUUCGGCGGGAGCAACGACCCCUACAAUCUCGUUACCAUGAACCAGGGUGGUGUCCUGAUCGACGGCGGCAGGGACGGGUCUAUGACGUCGUGGCCGGUCCCUAGCUCCGCCGAAGACGGUCAUUUCGUGCAGUCUAACAUGCCAAUGCAGCCCCCGCGCAAGCAGAUCAUCGGGUUCGCGAAAUUCCGCACGCGGGCCGAUGCUCUCCAGGCGCGUGAUGUCCUCCAGGGUCGUCGGGUGGACGUGGAGAAGGGCGCUGUUCUCAAGGCCGAGAUGGCGAAGAAGAACCUGCACACCAAGCGUGGCCCCGGCGUGGGACCCGCAGGCCUUCCUGCGUUCCAGGGUGGUAUUCCGGGCGCAGGCGCUCCGGAUAACCUGUCGGGCAUGCAGGGCCUCACCUCCCCGGGCGAAGCGCUCGCUCCGCGGGACAAGCAGCCCGGUGCGCUCAACGGGAUGGGCGUCGACAUCAAUGGCUUUGCACACCGCCGUGACCGGUUGUUCGAUGGCCGCGAUGACGAGGAUCGCGAGCGUCGGCGGGACUUUGCCUCCUUGAGCCUCGGUGGGUUCAACACUCGUGGGCCACGAGAGCGCGCCGAAGAAGACGAACGGGAGCGCGAAAGGAAGCGCAGGGAGAAGGAGAAGGAAGCCACGCGCCUGCGCCAGAACUCCUUCGCUUUCGAGGCCUUCCACUCCGUGCCGCAACAAAUGGUCCGGCAGGGGACGAACUCCGUCCUAUCUGCUGAGAGCGGGAUGGGCUUGCCGUCCGAAGGUCUCACAAGCCCGUGGGGCAACUUGCGGGACGUCAGUGCUUCUGCAGCUCUGCGGAAGAUGGGUUUACCGCAACACCAUCUCACCGGUCUUCCUGCUCGUCCACAGUCCCCACCGGGCUUGCAGACGUCUCCCCCGAUGCAGGAAGCGCUGGCCAAUCUCUCUGUCCCCUUCACAGCAUCUUCCCAGAACGGUUCGGUGCCAGGCAGCCGCAGCGCGCAGUUCUCCCCGGAGAGCAACCCAGCGUCUCUUCCGAUGCACCCCUCCCUCCCCACACGGCCUCGCCCUCAGUCACCCAGCAGCGAGCCGCAGCCCCACCAGAACCUUUCCGGUCCUUUUGGGCAGAUCUCCACCUCUUUGCCGAACUCGGCAACGUCUAGCGUCAGCGGUUCGCAGAGUGGACACGAAGACGAGCUCGUCAAGUCAGUUGGAGCCCUUGCAGUGUCUACUCAGUCAGGGUCCACAUCGCCCCAGCUCCCGUCACCUGCGUCUGGCGCGAGCUCCGGCACAGGUCGGAGUGGAAGCGAUCACAACCCCCCAAUCAACACGCUCUACGUUGGGAACUUGCCAACUUCCACGUCGCCAGGUGGUUAUACCCUCAGUUUCCUUGAGGAUCGCUUGCGGGAUCUGUUCUCGAAGCAGCUGGGCUAUCGCAAGCUCUGCUUCCGGCAGAAAAGCAAUGGCCCGAUGUGCUUCAUCGAGUUCGAGACCGUGGAGUACGCGACGAAGGCGCUGAACGAGUUGUACGGCGACAGCCUCAACGGCCUGGUCAGGAAUGGCGGCAUCCGUCUGUCGUACAGCAAGAACCCUUUGGGCGUGAGGACGCCGAACAGCGGUGGGAGCGGUCCAUCUUUGCAGCAACAGCAGCAGCUUAGCCGUGAGCCACUGCAGGAGGCCAAUCGUGACUUCGGGGAGAUCUUCGCUCGCCACACCGACUCUGCCGACACGAUUCGGGCUAUUCGUCGCGACACGUCUGGCAUGACCUCGCCAACCUCCUCCUACCACUACACGACGUCGCCCCCGCCUCCGCGCUUCUUCUCCCCUCCUCCCGGGGUGUUUAACGGCGUCUUCCCCACCUCUACCUCAUUCCCUCGUGCCAACCCGCAGGGGUAUGGCUUGGGCUCGAGCAGUAGCAGCACGUUCUCUCCUUUCGGCAUCCCUCAUUCUUCGAUACCCGAUCAGCCCAGCGCUGAGGCCUCCAGCAACGACCAUAUCGCACACCCACUUACCCCGGCGGCAGCCAAUGUAGAGGCUAGCCUCGUCGGCUGA